AUGAGCACCCUCAAUCAAACAGCAACGCCCUCGACAGGGCCCCGCGAGUCUCGGGAUGGUAGACGCAAACGAGACUCCUCCUCUCGCUCACCAACCAAUAGAGACUCGGGGCUGUCAUCCUCCUACGGAAGCAGUCGGUCUCCAUCGAGCUUCUCGUCGCGAAAAACGGGAGGCAAGCCUCGUCCGUCUCACCAAGAGGCCAAUGAAUCCUCGCGUGUUCUCGGCGAUGGCGCCACAUCAACACGAGACUAUGGCGCCAUGGACACGACUGGCGCAACUGCCACAAAUCCCACAUCCUCGAAUCCGGACAGUCACAGUGUGCAACAAUCUCGGCGUGACGAUAGCGCCGCUCACCACGAUCGUCAAACUAAUCAUUCGGACGAAGACGAGCCCCGUCAUUCCCGAUUCGGUCAGUUUGUUGAUCACUUCGGCUCGCUUGAGUUGGAUAACAAAGGCAGCGUGGCGCGUGAUCAUCUGGCAUUAGAACGAACAUUCUUAGCCUGGCUCCGCACAUCGUUGGCCUUUGCCUCCAUCGGCAUUGCCGUCACCCAGCUCUUCAGACUGAACACGACAGUUUAUGCCGUCUCGGCCGCAGCGCGUCUGCGCAGCGUGGGCAAGCCUCUUGGCUCCACAUUCAUCGGGGUAGCCAUUCUCGUUCUCAUGAUUGGAUUCCACCGUUACUUUGAAAGUCAAUACUGGAUCAUUCGUGGUAAAUUCCCCGCGAGUCGUGGGAGUGUUGCAUUGACGGCAUUUGCCGCGGCGUCCUUGAUCGUUGCGGCGUUGGCGGUUGUUCUCGCCGUUUCGCCCAGUGCGAUUGAGCAGUGA